UCGCCAUUGGGAAACAGAUUUGACGUGUUUGACGUGCAUUUGCCCAUUUGACGUUUCCACCUGUCACGAUGGAAUUUUUCUCCAUUCGGAUUCGUAUUUGCCUUGUAGAAACCACAAAGUGAACAUUUGGCCGGUCCCAGCUACUCCACACAACGUCAGUAGGGAAAGCAAUGCAGCUGUGUCAAUAGAGAGUUGGCUGUCGUCCAUAUUCCGCUCGUCAAUUCGAUAGAGAAACAAACAAAAACGAAAUGUAAUGGCAACAAAAUCUGCCGAAGAACUUCGCAAACUGUCCUUGCAGCAGGAGCACCAGCAGCCCUGGGAAGUAUGCCACUAUUGUCCCAUGCAGACGUUUAAGGCCUCGCAAGACUUUAUCAAGCACCUGCGCGAUCGACACUGCACCAAGGAAGGCGGCUCGUACGUGUGCCGGUAUGGAUUCAACGGGGUCUGUGCGUCGCUACCGCUGGACGGCGUGAACGACCGCGACUAUGAAACACACGUCGCCAAGUACCACGUGAACCAGGUUGCCCGGGAGCCGGAGUGGUCGGUGUUUUCGGCCGCCCAGAAUCUCGCAGCUGUUUUGAACGACCCCAGCCGGGGCAAGCAGACGAACCUUUUUACGAAGAAAUGGGGGGACUCGUUCGUGGAAAAAGUCCACAUUCCGCCGGCCACCACCCUCCCUUCCGUUCUGUGGAACGACUUCGACGGGUAUCUUAAGCGCAUCGGAAGGCGGUAUCGGCGCCACGUGAGGCUUUCCACGCAGCAACAACAAUUCGGAGAGGAAUCGCCGACCUCGCACAGUCACAGACUAGUUCAGCGGGAAUCGCAGCAUGACGGAGGUGUUGGGAACCUCAACGACAUUCCCCCAAUUUUCAUGAAGAACUCGUUCGACCUCAACAAUCCCAGUACGUUCGCGGACGUAUUUCCCGGCGUGGGAGAGACCAGUGAGCAGAGCAGGCAGUCGGGUCGCCUUCUGCAGGAGCGUCUGAGUCAUUACCUCGAUAUCGUGGAGGUACAGAUUGCUAAGCAAGUUUCCCAAAAAUCUUCCGCUUUCUUCCACGCCAUGACCUCGCAGGAUACAAUCAUGGAGCAGAUGAGCGAGGCCAACACGAACGUGAAGAAGCUUCGCAGCAAGAUCCAGCACAUCGACUCAUCCCUAGUCAAAGAUUCUUUGAAGAUUCUUCAACUGGCUCGGACGCGCCAGCACUACUACACGACGCUUGAAAAGCUGCGGCUGAUGGCCACCGUCCACCAGACGCAGCCCAUGAUUCAGCUGUUGCUCGGCACGCAGGACUACGUAGCCGCUCUGGACCUGAUCGGAACCACGCAAGAGAUCUUGGCGCAAGAGCUUGUCGGUGUGCACUGCUUCCGGCACCUCCCCAUGCAACUAAAGGAAAUGGAGCGUCUGAUCGACAAAAUGCUCAAUACCGAGUUCGAGCGGUACUCGACGGCGGACCUGAAUCGUCCGCUGUUGACCAAUGGAGAAUGUGAUCGCGUCCUCGACGAGGACAAGCUUGUUUGUAUUAUUAUGGGCCUUUUACGCGAGAAAAACUUCAAAUUUAUAGAGAAAUACAAAGAGGAGGCGAUAGUGGCCAUCAAGGCUAUCAUCAAGCAGAUGGUAAUCGAGGUGAUAGCCUCCUCGGAUGCGGAGAUUUGCUUAACAGGGGCCGGCGAGGAAGCCCAAAGCCUUUCGAUACCCGACUGGAUCCAGCUGCUCGAGAAAGCCACCAUCACGCUCCUCAAGCUCUUGCACAGGAUUAAGCUCGUGCACGAUGUCAUGGAGCAGACGGCCAACGCGAGCUCGGGGAACCAAGUGGAUGCCUUGACUUUCAUCGAUUCCGAAGUAUUCCUAUCGCAAGCGGAUCAUCAGCUGGUCAUGGAGCAGCUGGCGGCGCUGCUUACGCACGUUUGCAACUACUGCCACGAACGCUGUGCCAAUCUCGUUUCAAGCCAAAGUCUGGAGAAGAGCGUAGCGACCGCCGACGAGAUAAUGCGCCUCACCAACAUCGUCGAGCGCUUUAGCUCGGGUUGUGAAGAUAUCUGCGGCAUGCAAUGCGUUCCGCUCCAGGCAGCCCUAAAGGCACAGGGCACCCGUUUUGCCCAGAAGUUUCACGCCGAACGGAAAUCCAAGCUCGCGCUGUUGCUCGACAGCGAGCGCUGGAAACAAGUAGACAUUCCAAACGAAUUCCAAAAAAUCAUUGAUCGAAUAGCAAAGAACGACUUCAGUGUCAGUAAAGCGUCCGAAGCAGAAAUACCGACCAACGGACCGCAGGUUCCCACCAGUCCGGUUCUGCUCGUGGACGGCAAGCCUUACACGCUAGUAGGCGCAGCUCUCCUCCUAGUACAAAUUGUUAGUGAGUAUUGCCGCUGUGCGAUGCAGCUGCCUGUUGUGGCCGGGCAUUUGUCGCGGCACGUGGUCGACCUGUUGCGGACGUUUAACUCACGUUCGUGUCAGCUAGUGCUGGGUGCCGGAGCGCUUCAUGUAGCCGGACUGAAAACAAUAACAAGCGGGAACUUGGCUCUUGUGUCUCGAGCACUGCAGCUGGUCCUCUGGCUACUGCCGAAAGUGAAGCACCACUUCCACCAAUUGGACCCGACCUCGGUUGCAGGCUACGAUGUCGUCGAAAAGGACUUCAUCGGCCACAUAAAAGAAAUCGAAAACAAGGUCCUUCUGAUCGUCACGACUUUGGUGGUUAAUCAGCUCAACACAUGGGACGGACGACCGCCCGUACCGUCGCAGUCGUUCCGCAACAUUUCACGGCAUUUUGUAAAGCUGCACGAGGCCAUCGCGCCAAUUCUGCCUGAGCAGCAAAUCCACGCCAUUUACCGGACCGUUCAUAGAAACUUCAAGGAUAAGUUGCGGGAACAACUGCUGCGGAACAACAUUGAGAACAACGGUGGACCCCAACAUGGCAGUGUUACCUCGGAGCUCGUAUUUUACAUGGAAACGCUACGCACCCUGAAAGCUCUUCCGCAAGAGGAGCUCACCGACAGCACGCUCGACGAUAUUUGGCUGAAGUGAAUGCGAACCCCUGGACGAGGUACUUCCCAUUCAAGCUAGGACACAAUGCACACAAACGGGAAAAUGUGUAUGUUAUUAUGUAAAUUGAGUAUUUUUGCUUUUAUGUUGUUAUUCUGUUCUGACUGGUUCUCUGCAUAGGAAAAUUUGAAAAUUUAUUAAUGCAAAUGCAUUGCGGUAAGAAGAUUGUCUACAUUCAGAAUCUUAAAAUGAUAAUGUUAAUAUGUUGAAAGAAUAAAUUAUUGUAAAAAGUUUUUAAAUGAA